GCAGCAGAAGACCAUGAGCAUACACUCAGAGGCUACUUUAUUAAAUGUAGGAGGUAUCUAAGAAAAGUAGCCAAUCGAGUGUAGUUUUACCGUUCUAGAACAAGCGCCGCAGUUGGUAAACAAGGUGCGAGGGCUAUGACAAGGUAGGCUGUGGUUCAAGAAUUCAUCUUAUGUUCUAUGUUCUUACGAUGGUGAUGGAAAAGGCGCCCUUGGGUCAGGUGCUUUGGACUUUGGGAAGUAGGAAGAGAACGGAGAAUGUCUUGUGUGGGUGGGGCCUUUGAUUAUGCCGGCUGCCCGACCCAGGCAGCGAGAAGCGCAGACAGAUUCUGGAGUUGCACCCGGAGAUGGUGCAGCGGUAAACAUCGGCGAGGGUCAACGGGGACAUGCCAAAUUUCCCUGAGGCGCUGGUGUGCUUUGUUGGUCACUGUGCCGUCGUGGUUGGACCGCUGCAGAAGCCUGUCUAUAAUUCUACGGUAAUAUAUUGCAUCAACAGCUACAGACAGCUUUAGAAUAGUAUAUAACAUCAACAAGUCAGUAUGGAGAGGGUCUCCCCUCCCCUCCCCUCUCCUGCGGCACGGUUGACGUUCUGCGAGAGCAGGUCCAUAAGCACCUGCCCGCGGCCACAGCUUGAGUGCGAAAUAUUUUUACUGGAUGUGAUUCAAAACUUUGGAAGUUUGUAGAAGAGCUCGCUGGGCAGGGCCACGCCAUUUCUGCCUCUCGGAUAUGGGAUUUAAACGAGCUUGAGUCAUCCCGGCCUGGGGUAGGAGCGAGGGAAGUGUUUUUCCCCCCCUCUCGCUCUCUCUGCCCCUGUUAGUCUGGGUCCUCCGCAGUCUGAAAGGAUCCGGGAUUGUGUGCGGGUGACAAAAUUCCACUAUGGGACAGACUGACAAAGUUCGGAGGAAAGUUGUGAAGAAGUUUGCCUGGGAGUUUUGGGAGCCGUUGCAUGCGCAGCUGGAAGAAUCUGUCCCCGGCCAAAACGGAGCAUGGAAUUACUGAGGAACCUCGCUCUCUUCGUCUGUUACCUCGGCUGCUUCGGGAACCUGGCCGGCUCCGAGCCGUCCCGCAAGAGCCAGCCCGGGCUCCGACAGGGCAUCGCCGGAGCUGCGCCAAGCAAGAGGAACCCCAGCGAGAGGGGGCCGAACCUCGGAGCGGGGAGAUGGAGCGCCGGGCUCGGCAGAGCGACAGCAGGAGCUAGGGCGGCGGUGGCCGGCAGGGGCAAAGGCAGCGGCAGGACCGGGGAGGGGGAGAGAGGCAAAGGAGAGGGCGGCGGCUGGCGGCGCCUGAAGGGGGCAAGCGGCAGCCCGCAGGUGACCCCUCACGACUACAUGCUGUUCCUCUACAAGACGCUGUCCGUCACUUCGCGCAGCGGCUUCAACGGGAGCCUGCAGCAGCCGGCGGCGCUGGCCAACACCGUCACCAGCUUAGUGGACAGAGGGCAAGAUGAUCGCCACCCCUUUGUGAGGAAGCAGAAGUAUAUCUUCAACAUCAGUGCAAUGGAGAAGGAAGGGUUGCUGGGUGCGGAGCUGCGGAUCCUGAGAACAAGGCCGGUGGACGGGAGGAGAGUGCGGACUCCAGGGAAUGUGUACACUCUCCGAUUGUCCAAGUGCCCUUCGGACAGGCAGAAACCCAUUGUUAUUGACUCUCGGUCCAUUGACCCAUUGGACACACCAAAGUGGGAGGUCUUUAACAUUUGGAAGCUCUUCCGUACAUCCAGGAAGGACCAGCUGUUGACACAACUUUGCUUUGAGCUGGAAGCCUUGGACAGAGGCAGGACAGUGGAUCUGAGAAGCCUGGGCUUUGGCAGGGUGGGACGCCAGACCAAAGAGAAAGCUCUGCUACUCGUGUUUGGUAGGACCAAAAAACGGGACUUGUUCUUCAACGAGGUUAAAGCCAGGUCCGGGCAGGAUGACAAGACAGUUUACGAGUUCCUGUUCAAUCAGAGAAGAAAGAGGAGAGCCCCUCACAUGAGCCGCCAGUCUAAAGGCAAGAAAACGAAACCACGGUGCACACGAAGACCUCUCCAUGUGAACUUUAAGGAGAUGGGCUGGGAUGACUGGAUCAUCGCACCAUUGGACUAUGAAGCAUAUCACUGCGAGGGGGUUUGUGACUUCCCCCUCCGCUCUCACUUGGAGCCCACAAACCAUGCCAUAAUCCAGACGCUCAUGAACUCUAUGGAUCCGGAAUCUACCCCGCCAAGUUGCUGCGUACCGACGAAACUAAGCCCCAUUAGUAUUUUGUACAUAGACUCAGCCAAUAAUGUGGUGUACAAACAGUACGAGGAUAUGGUGGUAGAGUCCUGUGGCUGUAGGUAGCAUUGGUCUGUGUUGCCAGGCAACCAGUACGAGGUGCACACUGGGACUUGAACCAUAUUGAGUGCAGCAGGUACAGUUGGUUUCCUGGUAUUCUCAUUUGCAGUCGAGAUGCCAUAAGCUAUCGGUAGGGAGUCGGAGGAGAUGUUCUGUGGUGGUGCUGAAAGAGCAACAGUGCAGCUUACAAUUAACCAACUGACCACAACGGCCCCAGUGAGAUUUAGUUAAUGGAGAGUCAGUUCCUCGAGACGCCUGGUGCCAAUAUCUAAGGCUGACAGAUAGAACACAUUUAGUGCAAUACAGCCACACCACUCACUACCUUACCUAACUCAGACAGAUGGGCAAGACGCUGGAGAGAGUAGGGUGGGGGGCGGAAGAGAGGUCAAUCUGCGAGACAGCUCCGGGAAGGUUCUUUUCACUAAACCCUAUGAAAAUAUGGCCGAUUUUGUAGCAAAUCCAUCACCAUCGAAGUGAUCCCAUUGGGACAGUUCACAGAUUAGAUCCAGGGAGCACUGACAGACUGAGAGACGCUCUCAGUUGUGUAGCCUUGGGAAAACAGGAGAGCAUUUUAGCAGUGAAUGGUUUGCAGCUGCACUGACUCUCUGGGUGAGGAUCAUCAGCCAUUCGAGACUCCAGUGUAGCAGGGCUCCUCGCCUGACAUUCUAAUCUCAUGCAAGGCAUAUCCUGUUUAAAUAUUUUUAUUUAGCGAUACGGCACAGAACAGGCCAGUCUGGCCCUUUGAGCCACACCGUGCAAUCCCCGACAAAUCCAAUGAACCCUAACCAAGCCACGGGACAAAUGACAAUGACCCAACUGACGUAGCCGGUACGUCUUUGGGCUGUGGAAGGGAACCGGCGCACCUGGAGGACAGCACACAUUCCAUGGGGGAGGACAGACAGACUCCUUACAGAAUGGCGCUGGAAUUUAACUCUGAACUCUGGAAUGCCCAGCGCUGUAAUAACAUUUUGCUAACUACUAUGCUAGCGUAGCACCCGUAAUUAAAAGCCCUUGAGCAGUCUUGAUAACAGUGCAUGAGGCAGUGGCCCCCUUAAGCCAGUGGCCAUGUAAAUCCAGCAACCUUGAGAAAUGUAACAGGCCAGCAGCUUCCAAAUAGAAUGGGAUCCUAGAACAUACCUAGAGCAUGUAACAGUACAACACAGUAGAGGCUCUUUGGCCCCAAUGUUGUGCUGACCUUCUAAACUAUUUUAACGUAGAAAACCUACAGCACAAUACAGGCCCUUUGGCCCACAAAGUAAUGCCAAACAUGUCCCCACCUUGGAAAUUACUAGGGUUACCCAUAGCCCUCUAUAAUCAAUCUACAAUCAAGCCCUCCAUUUUUCUUUCAUCCAUGUGUCUUUCUAAGAGUCUCUUAAAUGUCCCUAAUGUAUCUGCUUCCACUACCACCCCUGUGCUCGCCAUACACUCACCCCUCUCCGUGUAAAAAAUUUACCCCGCUUAACUUUCCUCCAAUCACCUUAAAGUUAGGCUCCCCUCAGCUUAGCCACUUCAACCCUGCGAAAAGGGCACUGGCCAUCCACUCGGUCUACGCCUCUUAUCAUCUUGUACACCCCUACCAAGUCCUGUUAGAAGUGAGAGCCGGGAAGUUUGAUUGUGUGCACGUGGCCACAGCAAGGACAAUGCAGCCUGCUCGGUUGUCAUCCCUUCAGCACCGAUCUCCCCUCGGCACCAGUGCACCGUGGCUGCAGUGCAGUGAGCUGCUGUUACCCGUGCUAACCGGUGACCUCUGCCACCUAUGUGGUCCAAGGGCAACGGGUACAGGGCAAUAGUGCCUCUUGCAGGUUGCCCCCAAGUCGCACCCCCAUCCUGACUCGGAGACAUAUCCUUCACUGUCACUGGGUCUUAGUCACUGAGUUUCCACCCCAGCUCCUCUGUCGUUGUGAGGAGGACUGCAGCUGGACAGUAAGGACUACCUUGUCAGCGUCGAAUAGGGAUGGACAAUAAAUGCUGGCAACCUGGAUGAGACCAGGCUUUAAAGUACUGGUUCAAAGCUUCAUUUAUUAUCAAAUUAUGUAUGCUGUAUGCAACUCUGAGAUUUAUCUUCUCCAGACAGCCACAAAACAAAGAAAUCCAUGGAAAUAAAGGCCACAAAUCUACCUCACCAUUUACCAAACGACAAUAAAAAAGUUAACAAACUUCACGACACACGCUGGUGAUAAUAAACCUGAUUCUGAUAAAUGCGUCAAGGGUGGGAAGGGUCAUUGAUUAUGUUGGCUACUUUCCUGGGGCAGCUGCAAGCGCAGACAGAGUCCACGAAAAGGAAGCUGGUUUCUGUGGUGGGCGAGGCUGUGUCCACUACCCUACGAUUCCUUGCAGUCUUGUGAGUGGGGAGGGCAAUGAGAAAGGAAAACAGGAUUAUUAUGUUCGGUGGGCCCAAAAGGCCUUUUUCCGUUUUCUGUGCUGUUAUACCUCCUCUUAACUCGAUGAACAUCUCAUACGUUUCUGCUCAACACUGUGUUACACUUAUGUUCGAUGGUACACUUCACUGUUAGCAAGGAUACCAGAGUUCAAAGUUCAAAGUACAUAUAUGUCACCAUAUACAACCCUGAGAUUAGUUCCCUUGCAGGCAUUUGCAGUAAGUGCAAAGAAACACAAUAGAAUCAAUGCUAAACCCCACACAAAAUGGACAACAACCAAUGUGCCAAGUGGUACCAGUGGACACGUGGCUAUCAAAUGGUUUCAUGUGCCAGUCUGCCCUAUAAAGUAAACUCUAAUACUGUAUAGAAUUUGCUCUUGGGAGGGAAGGGGAGAUUUAAUUUUCGGAAACAGCCACAGAUGUAAUCAGUGCAUGUUGGAACGAAAAUGGUUAUGUGAAUUGUUUACUGUGUGUACAAUGAGGAAUCUGUUACUUGUUCAUAAAUGUAACUGUAAAUUGGAAUUUGUCAGAAUUUUCCUGAAUCCCUGUACUGCACAAGAAGCUGAACAAAUGGGGAUGUUCAAGAUAUAAAAAAAAUAG